GCGACUUGCGCGAUGCUUAACAAUCAUUGACAUUUUCCGUUUACCAUAAACACCCUUGCUUUCUCGACCAUUACGUAAAUCACAGGGCGUAGAAUUCCGUAAAUUCACUUCUCAAUAAAUUGUUAUUCCGAGCCGAGAGGAAGGAGUAGAGAAAGUGCGUUGGUUGAGACAGUUAAGAGUAGUGUUUGUUCAACGUGAGGUUUCGAUGGAUUCCGAUUCCUGAGAUCAAUAGUUUGUUAUUUAAAGGAUUGGAAGAAGAAUGUGAGAGUGUGAUUGAAUGCGAGGGUGAUGGAGUCUACAAGGAGUUGGUUUCACAAAUUCCAACCUAGAGUGAAAAAUGGACCCACCAAAACGAAGGAAAUGGCGAAUGCGAAGGAUGCACGUAAGUCAGUGAUUGAUGAGGCUCCUUCAAAUGCAACGAAACAGAAGGCUGCGGCAGCAAAGCAGUAUAUAGAAAACCACUACAAAGCCCAAAUGAAGUGUUUGCAAGAUAGGAAGGAGAGACGCUGCACAUUGGAGAAGGAGCUGGCUGAUGCUGAUGUUCCCAAGGAAGAACAAAUGAAUAUUCUGAAACAUCUGGAGAAAAGGGAGACAGAAUAUAUGCGUCUUCAAAGACAUAAGAUGGGCGUUGAUGACUUUGAACUUUUGACACUUAUUGGAAGGGGUGCAUUUGGGGAGGUGAGACUUUGCAGAGAGAAAGCUACUGGCCAUGUAUAUGCAAUGAAGAAGCUGAAGAAAUCUGAGAUGCUUCGCAGAGGCCAGGUGGAACAUGUUAAAGCUGAAAGAAACCUUCUUGCUGAAGUAGAUAGUGCUUACAUUGUCAAGCUCUACUGUUCUUUUCAAGAUGAUGAGUUUUUGUAUCUUAUAAUGGAAUAUCUUGCUGGCGGUGACAUGAUGACAUUAUUAAUGCGCAAAGAUACCUUGACUGAGGAUGAGGCCAGAUUUUAUGUUGGGGAGACAGUCCUUGCCAUCGAGUCUAUUCACAAACACAACUAUAUUCACAGGGAUAUCAAGCCUGAUAAUUUACUGCUUGAUUGUAAUGGCCAUCUAAAGCUUUCAGAUUUUGGAUUGUGUAAGCCCUUGGACUGUAGUAGUUUUCCGAAUCUUAGUGAGAAUGACCAUGGAGUGGGAAGGAAUUUGAAAUCUUCCUCAGACAGAGACAAUCAUUCUUCUGCACCAAGGCGGACACAACAGGAGCAGUUAUUGCACUGGCAAAAAAACAGGCGAAUGUUGGCUUAUUCAACAGUGGGAACACCAGACUACAUUGCCCCAGAAGUACUACUGAAGAAAGGAUACGGAAUGGAGUGUGACUGGUGGUCUCUUGGGGCAAUCAUGUAUGAGAUGCUUGUGGGUUAUCCACCUUUCUAUUCUGAUGAACCAAUGUCAACAUGUAGAAAGAUUGUGAACUGGAGAACUCAUUUGAAAUUCCCUGAAGAAGCCAAGCUUUCUAAUCAGGCAAAAGAUCUCAUUUGCAAGCUCCUCUGCAAUGUUGAGCAGAGGCUUGGGACCAAAGGAGCUCAUGAACUAAAAGCACACCCAUGGUUUAAAGGAUCACAAUGGGACAGAUUAUAUCAGAUGGAAGCAGCUUUUAUACCUGAGGUCAAGGAUGAGUUAGAUACUCAGAACUUUGAGAAGUUUGAAGAGUUACUGGCUCCAGCUCAAACUCCAUCAAAGUCAGGUCCAUGGAGAAAGAUGCUCCCAUCCAAGGAUGCAAAUUUCGUUGGUUAUACCUACAAGAAUUUUGAGAUCGUGAAUGAGGAUCAUAUACCUGGCAUUGCUGAGUUGAAGAAAAAGACUAACAAGCCCAAGAGACCCUCUAUUAGAUCGCUAUUUGACCUCUAUGCUUUCCCCCCCUCCUCUCAGACACACCUGAUCCUCCUGAUCGGCCUGCUUUGGGAAAUUUCCUUAACAUUUUGCCAACACAAUCAGAGGUCCCUGAAAGCUCCGAAUCCGAGCCAUUGCGCCAGUCUGCUAGAUCUGCACAACAUCAAGAACGGCCUAUGAGAAGAUAGCAAGCGUCAGCCACAAGUAAUUGUCCAUAACCAAAACAACUAUAAUAGAAGUGAUUUUUUUUUUGUUAUCAGUAGAAGGAAAGCAAUAUAUAGCAUGCAUGUUUUUCUAACUAUUUCAAGCUCUGCAAUUUCUGUGCUUCCUGUAUAGCUUUCUUAGAAUCUUAUGUAGUACUAAUGACACAUGAUCAUUAAUUUCCCCCCUAGUAUCUCACCUGUACCAGAUAUAUAUAUAUAUAUAUAUAUAGCAACGAAAUAAAAAUUUUAUGCUAUAGUUUUUUAAUUA